AUGGUGCCGAGCAGCGGGCUUGCUCGGUAUGGGUCUCUUUUGACCGAAGGCUUGUAUACUGUCCUACUUUUGGGCCCAUCCGUUGUGACCGGCGCCGAGCACCCUGACCUGCUCGGUAUUCCAUGGCGCCGCGUGGCCAAUGGGGAUUGUUUAUGUGUCUACCUUAAGUCGCGGCUACCUCCAUUCAGGCUUGUGGGCAUGAAGAAUCAAACUGCGACGGGUGCACCCAAUCACAAACACACCCAAUAA